AUGGACUCCGGCCGCAAGGACAUGUCCGACAAGAUCGGCGACAAGAUGACCCCAGACAGCAGCAAGUCCAACGUCGACAAGGCCAAGGAUAGCAUCACUGGCGUUGGCGACAAGGUUGCUCGCGACGCGGUCCCGGACAGCCAGAAGAGCAGCGGCCAGUCUGCCAUGGACAAGAUGUCCCGUGAGAAGGAUGCGAACAAGAACGAGAGUGUGCUUGACAAGGCCAAGGGCGCACUCGGCAUGGACAAGCACUAA